CUUAUCAUUUGUGACAUGCAUAUAUAUAAGAACAAGAAAAAAUAUUACAUAUUUUCCAAACUAGUGUUAUGUGUUUAUAAAUGGAAAGCUAUCCAGAGGAAGUAGGGGGUGCAUUUCAGUAACGGAGAGGGAGGGAGAUGUGGGAAGUAUUCAACAACUGCUUCUACAGUAAGUCUGUAACAAGCCACUACUGUGUGUGCACUCUCCAACACACAAACAAGAAGUUGAACCCAUUGAGAAAGGAGCAAGCUCCAUGUUUCCAUAUCACCGAUCCCCCUCCCCACAACCUGUUGGAAGAAUAAGGAUGUGGACUCUUGCAUUUGCUGUCACAUUUGAGUUUUUGGCAUUCUCCAAGUCAGACCCAGUUCCCGAACUGUCUCGGGGAUGCAGCUUCAUGGGGGUGUUCCACGUGGAAGGGAGGGACCGCUACUCGUUGACUUUCGAACAGGCCGAGCAGCUGUGUCUUCACCUCAGCGCGACAUUGCCUGACAAGGAGCAGGUCAUUAAGGCUUAUAAAGCAGGCAUGGAGACGUGCAGAUAUGGCUGGAUAGACAACAGGACUGUCGUGAUCCUUAGACACACAUCGCAUUCAAACUGUGCAUCCAAUCUGACUGGAGCCAUUUUUUAUGAUGAAGUAUCAGAUAUGCAGUAUGAUGCGUAUUGCUAUAACAAGUCAGAUUUGUUAAAGAAAAAUUGUGAUUUGGUGGUUCGUCCCUUAAAACCAGAGAGCAGCUCUACAAUUCCAGAUCACAGUUUAACCACAGAUAUUCCUGGAGGCUUGUUCACGUUGGAUCAGAAUCCUGCCAUUGUUUAUCCUAGAGGCACUUCAGAUCCCAGGCCUGUCAGCUCUGUCACAACAGCCGCUGGGCAGACCAUGGAAACCACACCAGGGAUCAUAGAACCCACAACCCAGUCAAAUUCUGGUGAAGCUCCUGACAGACACAAAAAACAGAAUUAUCCAAUCAAAGGCAUGACACCUAUCUCUCUUCAAUUGUUUCUGUAUCAAUUGACCAUAGUGUAUUUGUGA